AUACUCGCAUUUUUUAACGCUUUUUUGUCGUGGGCAGGUGGAAUGGUGGGUUAUCCAGAGCUAAGCUUUGAGGUGAUUUGCUCGUGGGUGUUUAUGCCGGUAGCGUUUCUAAUGGGAGUUGACUGGGAAGACUGUGCUAUCGUAGCUGAACUCAUUGGCAUGAAGAUUGUCACCAGUGUAUUAGUUUCAUAUGAUAAACUUGCUGUCAUAGUAGCGAACCGUGAACUUGGUCUGACUCCAACAAUAUCGCCUCGUUCUGAACUCAUCGCUACAUAUGCUCUAUGUGGGUUUUCUCAUUUGGCUGGUAUUGGUAUGACGUUGGGGACGCUCGUCGGACUUUGUCCUGAACGCAAGAGGGAUAUCAAUGCAAUCGUUGUUAGAGCUAUGAUUGCCGGGAAUUGUGCCAACUUUAUGACAGCUUGUAUAGCAGGCAUUCUUUAUCAAGAGAACAUGGCAAUUAUUCCAGUGAUAGCAAAUAUCACUUUCAAUGCUACCGCUGUGACGGACAACCAGAUCCUUACAACCGUCAUGUAAAAUUCACUGUAUGCUGCCACAGACAGCUGGAAUAUUACGACUGGAACAACGAUAUUUCUGCGAGCACUAUUCCGCACCUUAAUACUGCCUUGUAGGAACCACCUCGUUUGUCCUGGAAUGAUAUCCCACAUAUUGUGUCCUUCAUAGUAUGUUUUGUAUUGGGUUAUUGAAAUUUUAUAUGUAUUUAUGUAACUGGUACACAAAACAGAGUUCAUAUUCUUGAAAUUAAUAGAACACCAUGGCUCUAUUAUUCAAUACGAUUCAUUAAAGCCAGCAAAGAAAAACA